AUGAUCUCGUGUGCUGAGCGGCGAAGCCGGCAGGGAGAGGCCGGCGGAGGCCUGGCCCCAGUGGCUCCCGCGUCCCUCCUGCUCCGGCUCCCCCGGGGCUGCUCUGGAAUCCUCUCCGUGCCUGCGGCUGCCAUGCACUCGGCUGCGCCUCACGGGGCUGAGACCCCGGUGAACAGGCAGGAAGAGAAGGACGCAGAGCUGGACCGGAGGAUAGUCGCUCUUCGAAAGAAGAACCAGGCCCUGCUGCGCAGGUACCAGGAGAUCCAGGAGGACCGCCGGCAGGCGGAGCAGGGGGGCCUGGCUGUGACCACGCCGGAGCUGCUGCCAGCCGACAGCCUCACCGUCACCAUCAGCCAGGUUCGCGGGGGGAAGCGGGUGGUCAGCCGGCACGGGGCGAGGAGCACCCUUGGGCCCGGAGCAGCCAAAGAGACGCUGGAGGAUGAGGAGGUGGGGGACCUCGCUGACGCUUUCUGCCUGGGGGAGCGGGUGGAGCUGGCCGUGACCAUGGAGAACAAAGCCGAGGCCAAGCGGAUCGUGAGUGAGAAGCCCAGAGCACGGGGCCAGGGGGCAGAGGGGCCGCCCGGAGAGGGCCUGGGCCGGAGCUCCUUCGCGCACGCGGCUGCCGGCGUGGAUUCUGCACGGAGGGGUGCCCGGGAGCCCCGGAAUGCAGGCCUGGGACGCCCGGCUCCCCGCCGGCCCGCGUGGGGGCCCCCGGACGGGGGCUGGGACUACGCGAAGUGGAAGCAGGAGCGGGAGGAGAUCGACCUGGCCCGCCUCGCCCGGCACAGGGAUGCACAGGGUGACUGGCGCCGCCCAUGGGACCUGGACAAGGCCAAGCCCACCAAGCCUCGGGACGAGGGCCCCGGCGGGACAGGCAGCGCCAGGGGUCCCAGGAGCCACCGGAAGCUGCAGCCCCCACCCCGGUCCCCUGACGGCAAAGGUGGUGCCGCUCGGGGCGGGCCAUCUGGCAGGCCCUUGGUGGCCCUGGCCCUGCACAGCAAAGCCCGCGGGACGGAGAGGCUGACCGGCAGGGCCCGCAGGUGGGAGACCAAGGAAGACCAGGAGGCGGUGGAGAGCCAGGAGGGAGGUGAAAGCACCAGCCAGACUCUGAAGGAGGAGGAACAGGCACAGGCCCAGGGCAGCACGGAGCAGGGCAGCCCCCCGAGCGCCCUGGCAGCCAGCCCCGCCCUGGCUUCCCCCACGAGGACCAAGGGGGAGUCAGAAGCUUCGGCAGCCAGUCCAGCCCCCGGCUCUCCACAGAACGCGGACCUGGCCCCCCUUGACCUCUCCCUCAGAGGCCCCGGGGGCCCCGGGCCUGGGAAGGACACGUGUCUGAGGCCGGGGGCCCGGGAGAGCCCUGUGUCCCCGGGGGAGGGUUCUGAGCGGCCUGUGUGUUUGGAUAACCCCCAGGCUGAGCAGGAAGCCCAGGCUUGCUCGGAGCCACAAAGAGGAGCAGGGCCCCUUGAGCCCAGGAGAGACAGGCCUGGCAGGGCUGGGGCCCAGCAGGGGCUGGCCCCGCGAGGCAGGCCCCCCCGAGGAGCAGGCCAACGAGCGAGGGGCACAGGAGGCGUGGGGAGUGGAAGAGGGGGCCCCAGCCCUGCGAGGAGAUGCUGA